GGCAAUAACAUGAUGCCAUGGCUAAGAGGACGAGUCCUCAAGGUGCUGAGAAGUGCGCGGGGAUUCUGUGGGCCUCAUGGGCAACCACCACCUCUACUUGACCCUCAGGACAUUGUGGCCACCUGGGAAGCAAUCAGCCUGGGGAGGCAGCCAGUGCCUGAGUACUUCAACUUUGCUCACGAUGUACUGGACAUGUGGAGCCAGCUAGAAAAGGCUGGACACAGGCCCCCGAUCCCUGCAUUCUGGUGGGUCAAUGGCACGGGAGCAGAAGUCAAGUGGAACUUUGAGCAGCUGGGGCAGCAGUCCAGGAGGGCGGCGAAUGUGCUAAGGGACACGUGUAGCCUUCAGCCUGGGGACAGGAUGAUGCUGGUGCUCCCGCGGCUCCCUGAAUGGUGGCUGGUCAGCGUGGCAUGUAUACGGACAGGGGUUGUCAUGAUUCCGGGUGUCUCUCAGCUGACGGAGAAGGACCUCAAAUAUAGGCUGCAGGCAUCCAGGGCCAAGUCCAUUAUCACCAGUGACUCCCUGGCUCCGCGGGUCGACGCCAUUAGUGCUGACUGCCCCUCCCUUCAGACCAAGCUACUGGUGUCAGACAGCAGUCGGCCAGGCUGGAUGAACUUCAGGGAACUCCUCCGCGAGGCAUCCACAGAACACAACUGUGUGAGGACCAAGAGUCAAGACCCACUGGCCAUCUACUUCACAAGUGGCACUACUGGGGCCCCCAAGAUGGUUGAGCACUCCCAGGCCAGCUAUGGACUGGGUUUUGUGGCCAGUGGAAGGCAUUGGGUGGACUUGACCAAAUCAGACAUCUUCUGGAACACCUCAGACACGGGCUGGGUGAAGGCAGCCUGGACCCUCUUCUCUGCCUGGCCUAAUGGAUCUUGCAUUUUUGUGCAUGAACUGCCCCGAGUUGAUGCCAAGGUUAUCCUGAAUACUCUCUCCAGUUUCCCGAUCACCACCCUCUGCUGUGUCCCCACCAUCUUCCGGUUGCUUGUACAGGAGGAUCUGACCAGGUACCAGUUUCAGAGCCUGAGGCACUGUCUGACCGGAGGAGAGGCCCUGAAUCCUGAUGUGAGAGAGAAAUGGAAGAGCCAAGUGGGCCUGGAGCUGCAUGAAGGCUAUGGCCAGUCUGAAACAGUUGUAAUCUGUGCCAAUUCAAAAGGCAUGAAAAUCAAAUCUGGAUCCAUGGGGAAAGCGUCCCCGCCUUACGAUGUGCAGAUUGUGGAUGAUGAGGGCAACAUCCUGUCUCCGGGAGAAGAGGGAAAUGUUGCUGUCCGAGUCAGGCCUGCCCGGCCCUUCUGUUUCUUCAGUUGCUAUUUGGACAAUCCUGAGAAGACAGAGGCAUCAGAACGAGGGGACUUUUACAUCACAGGGGACCGAGCCCACAAGGACAAGGAUGGCUACUUUUGGUUCAUGGGACGAAAUGACGAUGUGAUCAAUUCCUCAAGCUACCGGAUUGGGCCUGUUGAAGUGGAAAGUGCCCUUGCCGAGCACCCAGCUGUCCUGGAGGCUGCUGUGGUCAGCAGUCCAGACCCCAUCAGAGGGGAGGUGGUGAAGGCUUUUAUAGUCCUUUCUCCAACUUACUCCUCUCAAGAUCCAGAGAAACUAACUCGGGAGCUCCAGGAGCAUGUGAAGAGGGUGACUGCUCCAUACAAGUACCCCAGGAAGGUGACCUUUGUUUCAGAACUGCCCAAGACGGUUUCUGGAAAGAUCCAAAGGAGUAAAUUGAGAAGCCAAGAGUGGGGGGAGACGAGAGGCAGCCCACGAAAGGCCCCAUAGGCCUCAGAAGCUUCUAAGAGGAGCUGGUGCAAUCACUGGCUGGCAAGCGACCUACAGACCCAGCCCUGUGGUGAGUGAGCAGUGAUGGGGAUGAAAUAAUGAACUUCAAUGAACUGAGUGAACUCAGCCAGCAGGCAGACAAUGUCCUUUUGGGUGCAUGCAGCCAGCAGCAUGGGGACCUUGUGGCUGUGGUGCUGCCCCAAGUGCCUGAGAGGUGGCUGGUGACCCUGGGCUGCAUGCGAGGAGGUUGGUAAUUGGCCACCUGGUCUGGUCACCCUCUCCCUUGUGAAGGAAGCUGAUGGCAGAGAAAUUCAACUGCCCCUCCCAAAAGAUGUCCCGUCCACAUAGCAUGCUGUCUCUCCUCAUAAGGAAAUACCACCCUUUUUUCUAAUUAUUUAAGCAAGCUAUGCACCAAGCACUAUGCUAGAGGUUGCUAAUACAGAGUAAACAAAACAUGGCCUGUGCAUUCAUGGGACUUAAAGAUCUUUGGAGAAAGAUGGCCAUUCAACUAUUAAUUGCACACAUAAUUAUUUCAUCACAAUUUUGAUAAGUGGCAUGAGAAUUUUAUAAGAACUUAAUGAAAAAAAAGUUGGCAAACUAUGACCUAUAGGCUAAAUCUGGUCCACAGAUUGUUUUUGUAAAUAAAGUUUUAUUGGAACAUAGCCAUGCCCUAUUUACAUAUAGUCUGUAGCUGCUUUUGCACCACAAUGGCAGACUUGAGUAUUUGGGACAGACAGCAUCUGGCCCAUAGGGCUGAAAAUAUUUACUAUUUGGCCCUUUGCACAAAAAUGUUGUCAUUCCCUAUUAUAAAAGGAGACCUGAACUGACUAAUCUGAGAGGGUCACUGAAGUCUCAGUGGAGUGAUAUUUGGGCUGGAAUCUGAAGGAUAUGUGGGAUUCAGCCAGGAGAAGAGACAGAGAGGGAUGCCUCGAGCAGAAGGAACAGAACAGACAGGAAAGAAGCUUGCAAAUUAUGGGAAACACUGAAAAGAUGUCUGUGUAUUUGGAGACAGCAAGGAGAAACUAGUGGCAAGUGAGCCUGGAAAGAUGGGCAGGACCCUGGAUACCAUGGGGAGGGUUCUGCAUCCUUAUCCAGUGAGGAAUGGAAAAGCAUGGAUGGAUUGAGUGACAUGAUCAUAUUCUGUUUGUAAAAGGUCAUGCUGGAUGGUGCAUAGAGAUGAGAUGAAGGAGGGCAGGAGUGGGUGUGGGAAACCCAGACAGGAGACAAGGCAUGAUGGUGGCUUCAAGCGUGGAUGGGGUGGUUGAGACAGAGACAAGUAAGUGGAUUUAAGAGGCAAUUAGGAGGAAGUUGAGAACACCCUUUUUUAUGUUUAUUUAUUUUUGUGAGAGAGUGUGAGCA